CUGAUGACGGUGCUUAUCUACGUGGUCACCCUGGAAAAGCCCCGAAUGCACGUGGAUACGUGCAGGAGCGACGACUGUGCUGCCUUUGGUGAAGAGCUGCACGCUGCCAUCAAUUGGUCGAUCGACCCGUGCCAAGAUUUCCACGCCUUCGUGUGUGGUGGUUGGGAUGACCCUCGGCGCCAAACGACGACCGAAUCACGAAUGGUAGCCGCCGCCUUAGAUCUGGCGAUCGAGGAAGUCAAAGCUGACCUUGCGAGGCAAGGCAACGCACCGCAGCAGCGCAGCAAGGCCGCGCAGUUCUUUGAGAGCUGCGUCAUCGCCGGAACGCAGAAGAUGCACAACCUGAAAGAGUUCGCUGAUUUUCGGCGCUCCCUGGGGCUCUUAUGGCCCGAGCACAAUCCAGGCGACGCGACCCAUCCUCUCGACGUCAUGAUCAAUCUAGCGCUGAACUGGGAAAUGAACUUCCUCUUUGACCUCGGUUCUGUCGCCACGCGCGAGUCUAUCGCUCUGCUUGUCUCGCGCGGUCGCAUGGACGCUGUGUGGGAGGAGAAGCUGCGUGGUGCCAGCAUGAUCGAAGCGUACGAAAAUUACGUGAAUGCUUACUACGACGUUCUCAAAGUGAAUGGUUCGCAAAUUGGCUUGACAGCAGACGAACUCCUCGAUAUAGAGAAAACCAUCCUCAAGGCGAAGUAUGAGUUCCUGCAUGGCCCAUCUCGCCAAGACUGGUUCCAAGUGAGCGCCCUAGAUGGAAAGACACCGUCCGUACCGGCGGGACUGUGGCUCACUCUUCUAAAGAAGCACGACAAGCAGUACAACUGGGCGGGCGAGGACACCGUGAUAGUUGAGGACGUCAAGAUACUGGAGAACCUGGACCACCUUGCUGAAGGCACUGGGCCACGGCAAGUUCAUCAUCGGAAUGUCGUGGAUAUUCAUUCAGACGCACCUCUGGGCGGUUUAUGGGGCACCAUCGCUCCGAUUCAGUGGCACGCAGGAAGAACUGAUACAUGA